UGCAUUAAAGAAGUGCAAGUCCGUAAUUGAUAGGACAAUCAGCAGCAGCGGUCGCUAUCCUGGAACGGUAUCAGCGACUGUCCGAUUGACCAAAUCACUCACCUCUCAGCGUUCGGAGGAAUUUGCCUAUUGUCAAGCGCGGUCCGCGGUCUCCGGGAUGCUAAUUCGCUGCGUUUGGCCGAGUGUGCGUGUACUGCAGUGACGGAGGCCACUUCCAAACACUUGCGCUUAUCAGUCAGACAGGCACAGUCAGGGUGUAAUCGACGGUGGCCACCGCAGUCCUCCAGUCAAUGAGUGGGAUCUGUCUCCAACGACAGUCUUGAACUGCCAGCGAAACCGCAAGUACCACUUGAACAGGAGCCUACGCUACAUCAUCGGUCGAGCUUACAUAAUCCCAUCCGCGAGGGUCACCAGGAACCCCCGAGCAUAAUAGAGUAUAUCCGUAACCAUGGCUACCGAACUACCUCGCGUUAACCUGGACGAACCGCGCUACGACCAGAGUACCUAUCUAAAUCGUGCGAAGCACUUUCUUAUUAUCACCAAUCCGCUGAAUGCGUUCGCCACCGAGGAGCAGCUAGAUCGGGCCGCACGCAUCGUGCGCGACUAUCGAGCCGGAAAGCCGUUGCCGGAUGUGCGCAGCGUCGACGAGCUGUGGAAGGCCAAAUACCUCUACGACAGUGCGUUCCACCCGGAUACCGGCGAGAAGAUGUUGCUCGUGGGCCGCAUGUCUGCCCAGGUUCCAAUGAACAUGAGCAUCACCGGGUGCAUGAUGACGUUCUACAAGUCCACGCCGGCCGUAAUUUUUUGGCAGUGGUUCAACCAGUCGUUCAACGCGGUCGUGAACUAUACCAACCGAUCGGGGGCUUCCCCGAUCAGCCAGGAACAGCUGUUGACCUCGUACUGCAUGGCAACAGGUGGUGCCCUCGUGACAGCCCUUUCGCUGAAUCGUCUCGUGCGGAAUGCGCCGCCGCUGGUGGGUCGCCUCGUGCCGUUAGCAGCCGUAGCCGCCGCGAAUUGCAUUAACAUUCCCUUGAUGCGCAUUCAGGAGCUGAAAAACGGCGUCACAUUGCUGGAUAAGGAUGGUAAAGAAUUGGGUGAAUCCGUUCGGGCCGCCAAGGAGGGCAUCUCGGCAGUUACCUUCAGUCGUAUUCUCAUGGCCAUGCCUGGCAUGGUCUUCACGCCGGUUCUAAUGAACAGCCUGGAGAAGCGUGGCUUCCUUCGGCGUUUCCCGUGGGCGAACGCACCGAUCCAGACACUGUUCUGUGGGUUGUGUUUAACCUUUGCCACACCGCUCUGCUGCGCCCUGUUCAGCCAGAAGGCUUCGAUUGACGUGAACAGCCUAGAAGAGGAGCUUCGUACGAAGCUGCGUGCCGAUCGUCCCGAACUAGACGUCGUUUAUUACAAUAAGGGUCUCUAACAAGUAGAUGGAAACUCUGCCACCGCAAUUACGCUCAAAUGCAACGGUGAAGAAAAUUCGCUCUGGCCAAUUUGCGUAGCAUUUUCGAGAAUGAGCAUUUUCGUCUUGGUUUAAACACUGCACCAGCAGAUCGGAAUUGCUAGAUAUUUCGCACUCCAAAC